GAAUACACAAACUUCUAGAAAGAUAAAAUCUCAAAUCAAAUACUCUUUUCCAUCCUGCACAACUCAAUAUGCUCAACGUACAAAAACAUCAUUUUUGUACCAAUAAAUUAAAUCAUCCAAAAAAGAAAAAUUCCUCUAACGCUGAUAAAAGCUAUUUUGCACCGUUUUUGUAACAAAAACAUUUUAGUAUAGAUAUAACUUCGUCAUAAAGCUAUCCCACCACCCUACGCCACCCCUCUGUCACCACCCCUCAUCUUCAACAUUUUUAUCCGAAACUCCAUUACCACUUUUCUCCCACUAUCUCUAUAUUCAUCAUUCAAAAUUUUAUUUUGAUCUUCACAAUUUUUAAUUUUCCUAUCAACAAUUUCUAUCAUAUAUUUAUAUCAUUUCCAGAAUUUAUUGCUUUUAUUCCACGCUUUUCUAUCAAUUCUCCUUAACAUACAUUGAUCUUUGGAUCAUUGGUAGAUUGUUAAGAGGUAACCCCUGAAUUUGUUGCGUGAAAAAAUCAUAAAAAGUUCUCAAAUUUUGUAAUGGAUCAUCAUCAUCAUCAUCAUCAAAGGAACAAUGAAUUUGAAUACCAAGAAAUCAACAAGGCAAAGACAUCAUCAAAAUUCAAUAGAUCAAAGACUAUACACAGCCCCAGAAAUCCAAUUGAAUUUCCUGAAAAGACCUUAUAUCUCUAUCCUUCUCUUCCUUCUAUUGAACGUAAUGGCUCUAUCAAGAAACUCCAUUGCUCACCUUUAGGCUCAAUGGUGGGAACAUCUUUUAAAGGAAAAGUGAAAAAAUUAUGUUCAAUUUUUGAUUCUCGUAAGGACAACCAUCGACCCUCAAUUCCAAAAGCACAAACCAAGCAUUCAAAGUCAUUUAAUUACAAUUCUUGUACAUUGCCUGGGACAGAAGAUCGCGUGGUAAUUUAUUUCACAAGUAUACGAGGAGUACGAAGAACAUUUGAGGAUUGUUAUACGGUGAAAAUGAUCAUAGGAAGUUAUCGCGUUAAAGCUGAUGAAAGAGAUGUUUCUAUGCAUAUCGCGUAUCGGAAGGAAUUACAGUGUGUUAUGGGAGAGAAGAAUAAUGUAACUUUGCCCCAAGUUUUUAUAAAAGGGAAAUAUAUCGGAGGAGCUGAUGUGAUUAAGCAAUUGAAUGAAAUUGGUGAAUUGCCAAAGUUAUUAAGAGGUAUUCCUUUAAGGCCAAUUGGAUAUAUUUGUGAAGGUUGUGGGGAUGUAAGGUUUUUGCCUUGCUCAAAUUGUGAUGGCAGCAGGAAAUUUUUUGAUGAAGAUGGAGGACAAGUUAGAAGGUGUCAACUUUGUAAUGAGAAUGGAUUGGUUCGAUGCUCUCUUUGUUGUUCUGUAUAAUUUGUAUGUUGUAUUUACAUUUUUUGUAUUAGCCUGUUGCCUUAUAGUUCACGAGGCAAACGCGAAUCCAGAAUUUUAAAUGAGCUGAGGUAAACUCUUUGGGUGAAGUUUAAUAAGUAUAAAUAAACUUUUGAAAUUA